AUGGGGGCGGUGAACGGGGGGCGGGGCGGCGGUGGAACGGGGGGCGGGGGUGGCGGUGGCGGUGGAACGGGCGGCGGGGGUGGCGGUGGAACGGGCGGCGGAGGAGGAUCCGCAGCAAGGUGCCCCAGAGAUGCUCUAAAACUGGGUGUAUGUGCAAACGUACUUGGGUUGAUUAGAGUCUCCAUCGGCGCUCCUCCUACGCUCCCGUGCUGCAGCUUGCUUCAAGGCCUAGCAGACCUUGAGGCAGCGCUUUGCCUUUGCACCGCCAUUCGAGCAAAUAUACUGGGGAUCAAUCUAAGCCUUCCAGUUACUCUCAGUCUCGUUCUCAACAAUUGUGGUAGAAACCCUCCUAACGGCUUCAUCUGCCCUUAGCCCAUGCAUGCGUGCAAACUAUUUCUGGCUUUUUACUCUUCGUCUCCAGAUUGUCUCCAGCUCUUAGUUCGUUCUCUUCAAUUGGUGAUUUGUGCACCUUUCGCGUGAGUGUAUUCGUCGUGCUUGUUUUGUGUAUGAAUUAUGCAAAGGUUGGAAAAACUGCUAUA